UGCUGGCGAACAGUUUGCGACGAUCGCUAAAUGCUUUUAUUGAAUUUUGCUGCUUUUAAUAAACUCUUUGCUGCUUUUAAUUGCCUUUUUUUUGUCAUUUUCUAUGUUUUGAUGCGUACGCAUGCGCAGUGGUGCGUUGAAUAGCGGCAAUGAAAUCGUGCGUUGCGUUUAAAAAAACGAUUUGCAAACAAACUCAGCGAAGCAAACAGUUCAACCGCUUUUCGUCCCUAAAAAAAAAUUAAAAUAAAUAUAUUUCACUCUAUAAGUACAUAAAUAUGCCUUCGCCAACAAGUGCCACACAGAGCACUGAAUCAUUGCCUCCAACUGCCGCUAGCAGCAAGGAUGACUCCACCUUGGAUGCCAUACUUAUACGUUUGGGAGAAUUCGGACGCUUCCAGAUCGUAAUACUCGUACUUACCUGCCUACCAGUGCUUUUCAAUGCCGUCUCGUCGAUCACUUAUAUUUUCACAGCUGCUAAUGUAGCGCACAGAUGCAACAUCACCGAAUGUGACGGACCGCAAAGCGCUUACGAAGAGCCAUGGACUAAAUAUGCCAUUCCCGCGAAGACUAAGGAGUUAGAUCAAUGUCGACGUUAUGCGCCCAAAGCAAUCACGAAUUGGACAAGGUCACCCGGGGAUGUACAAUAUUGCACGGCGGAUAGCUUUGAUUCCAAAGUGAUGCAGAAUUGCCCUGGCAAUAAUUUUAUAUUUCGAGGCGAGGAAGUAACGAUAUCAAAUGAUUUCGGCAUUUAUUGCGAUGAGGAAUGGAAGUUAACCCUGACAGGCACAAUUAAUAAUGUGGGACAAUUUUUUGGCAUACCGCUCGGUGGAUUAAUUUCCGAUAAGUAUGGUCGUCGCAAUGCGCUCGCACUUGGCGGCGUACUCAGCGCCAUAUUUGGCAUUAUGCGCUCUUUUACCACAUCCUACGUGCCGUUUCUUGUUUAUGAGUUCCUCGACAAUGUCGCAAAUAGUUCACUCUAUUCGAUUUGCUUCAUCAUUGGCAUCGAAUUGGUGGGUCCUAGCAAGCGUGUAUUCGCUUGUAGCGUCAUUACAAUUUUCUACGCCAUCGGUGAAAUGCUUCUAGCCAUCGUUUCUAUGUAUUUUCCAAAUUGGCGCAUUAUGCUCCGGAUUUUCUACAUACCAUCGCUAGCCAUUGUAUCCUACUACUGGAUAUUGCCAGAGAGCGUACGUUGGCUACUGAGUCAGCAACGUGAAACGGAAGCUUUGGACAUAUUGAAGCGUGCAGCGCAAACGAAUAAGCGUCGACUAUCGGAUACAACGCUGGAUAAGUUGAUAUUAGCGAAUCGUGAGAAGCUAAGUAGUCAAGGUGGCGCACGCUUUCCCAUACGCGAGGCGUGCGGAAAACUCUUUUUCCGCAUUGCAAAUUGUUCGCUAUGCUGGGUGGUCACUGUGCUGGUAUACUAUGGACUGAGCUUGAACUCGGUGCUGUUGGGUGGCAAUAAAUAUUACAAUUUCAUACUGAUUGCGCUAGUGGAAAUUCCUGGUUUCUUCAUACCUUGCCUCACUAUGGAUAGAUAUGGUAGAAGGUAUUCGCUUUGCGGUUAUAUGCUGCUCAGUGGCAUUUGCUGUCUGUGUACAGUCUUUGUGAACUCAGAACGCUAUUAUCUUCAGCUAAGCUUAUUUUUGGUGGGUAAGCUGGCAAUUACUGCUGCCUUCCAAGUUCUUUACUUUUUCACUUCGGAGAUAUUUCCAACAAAUCUGCGCAAUAGUUUGAUGUCUUUCUGCUCGAUGAUUGGCCGUUUUGGUUCAAUGGUGGCGCCACAGACACCUCUCUUGGUUAAAUAUUAUGAAAAUGCUCCAGCGAUAUUGUUUGCGGCCUGUGCUCUAGUCAGUGGUUGCUUAUCGCUACUUUUUCCAGAAACUUCAAAUACGAUUUUGCCAACGACAGUGCAUGAAGCAAAUAAAAUUGGUAGCAAGAAAUCGUCCAAGGAUCCAAAUAGUAGUACAUUUAAUUUAGAGAAUGAGAGUACUUAUAUGUAAGAAAUACCUGUAUGAAUAACAGAACGAAAACGAUACAUGUACUUAUGUACAUAUUAUUAUGUAUGCAUAUUAAUAUUAAGCCUUGCCAUCUUACAAGCAACCAAAAAAAGUUUGCCGUUCACCCCUGAGUGUAAAGUAUUUUUCGCUUUUUAACAUUUUUCUGUGACAACUAAAUACGGCAAUAAAUUUUUUUUUAAAUAGUUCUACUGAAAUUAUCGAAAUAAUUCUUUACUUUAUUUACGGACAUUAGAGUGGUACAUUAGGGUGAUAAGAACUGAGAUUGGGUGGGUAAUUAAUUACGAGGUACUUGAGGACAAUGAACUUUAUAACACAAAAAAUUUCUUCCUCGGGACCGGAACAUAGAUAUAUCAUACUUUAGGGUCCGAUUGUAUAUGCCGAAGAUAUGACCAAAAAUGCAAAAAGGCGUAAAAAAAUCCGAAACUACCUUGCGAAAAUACUUUACAUUCGAAUAUGUACGGCGAACUUUUUUUCUGGAAUGGUCUAAUAUAUGUACAUAUAUUUAUUAGGAUGCAUCACCAAAAAAAA